GCAGUGUCGCUGGCAGGAGAGCCACUAGCAGCACUCUUCUUUCUGGGCAUGGUUGUGGAUGUGUUUUGAUGGACGAGAUGGUGGAUUUGAGUAGAGGUGCACGUGAGAGUGAAGGUCGGAGUUCAGUGCUGGAUGGAAUAAAGACAGACAAUAUUGGGACAGGACACGUUUUGCGGUGGAUGGUGGGGUCGUGGCUAUAUGAGGUGGAGAUGCUGGAGAUGGUGGAUGUGGUUUAUGGCUAGAGACGCUAGAGGAAAUGGGUAUGUGAUGGGAAGAGCAGUCAAUAGGGAACGGAAGGGAACGGAAGGAAAAUGGUGCAGUCAAUUGGGAACGGAAAGAGCAGUCAAUUGGGACCUGAUUGGUGGCCAGAAUGGACUACACGGUUUCGGGACUCAUGGGCUCCAAGAGCACGCUACUAUGGACGUCCUGCCGCGUCGUCCCGAGGAUGUCUGGCACAAAGCAACCAUAUUUGCACCCAAUGGCCGAGAGCAAUCCACACAAUUGGCUACCAUUACAGUCGAGCAGACAGCACCAAUUAGACACACUUCCAGUGCCCUCUCUCUUACCGAGCCUACACAGCUAGAGUAUUGUAGCAUGGGUGUAUAGAGAUGUCAAGCAGGCACAGCCGAAAGCAUGCAACGUAUAGUUGCUGUCAAGUGCACUAAAGGCCGCCACGGAUACAGCAAGUACAAAUACA